UGAUCGUUAACCAUAAACUAUAUGUACAUAUAUGAUAUCACUAAUACGUUCUAUAUAAAUACGAUCACACGUCUUUUUUUCUCAUUUAAGCUUUAAGACAAUAUGAAGUCCAUCGUCUUGUGUUGUUUAGUGUUCUCAUUGGCUAACGCCAAUGAUAUUCGUCUAGGCUUCGCUGAUGGCCGUUCUACACGAAUCUACAAUGAAAUAAAGGAAGCCAAUCCAGCGUUAUGGACAAGGACCGACCAAAUCGUGAUCAGUGCAGCGGGGAACAACGUGAUCACUGAAAUUUUGGUGACUGAUCUAAGGCCGGAUAAAGAUGGUGAAGCGAACAUUGUGAGCGGCGGGAUCGGCGGGAAGACGGUGACCAUCGGCCUCUCAAGCCCCUCCAUUUUGAGGGGGUACAGGUUCGAGAUUGAAGUGUUCGCUGCUGAUCCGAAUUUAAAUGCUCGGUUUUACAGCAAAGGCGGCCGCAGUUAUGACCCCUAUCAGGAAAAUGGACAAUUUGCGCGAAAGUAUUGAUUUAAUAUGAGAAUGUUUUUGCUAUUAAAAUUAUUUAUUUUUUAAUGUGUUUAAUUUUAUUAAUGCCACGAAGUUCCCGUUUUGUUUACAAGUAUUCGUUGUUGGACUCCAACCGGCAAUUAAUUUGGUGUAAAUAUGUAAUAUAAUGUAAAUAGAUUUAAUUAAUAAUAUUUGCAUGCCUACUAGUAUAAGGUAUUGACAUUAUCUGGACAUAACACUAAUGAUAUUACCAACUUAUCUGUACAUAGUAUUAAGCAAAUAAAAUAAAUGUAUUUCAUUUCA